GCUCAACUAGUGCCCCACUUUGUUGUGCGAGCAGCAGCAGCGGUCUGCGGGCGUGAGCGGGGCUUGUCGCUGCAUACGGCCGUGCCCGGGGACGUCGGUGCUUUGCUGGGCCCUCGCCGCUCUCAACAUGGAGUUUUUAUUGGGGAAUCCGUUCAGCACGCCGUUGGGACAGCGGAUCGAAAGUGCCACCAGUUCCAGCCUGCCAUCAGAAGACUGGGCCCUCAAUAUGGAAAUCUGCGACAUGGUCAACAGCUCAGAGGAAGGACCCAAAGAAGCAGUCAGAGCGAUAAAGAAAAGGAUUGUGGGGAACAAGAACUUCAAGGAGGUUAUGCAUGCGCUCACUGUCCUGGAGACUUGUGUGAAGAACUGCGGCUACAGGUUUCACAUCCUGGUAACGACACGGGAUUUUGUAGAGGGGGUUCUGGUCCGGUCGAUAAUCCCGAGAAACAACCCUCCAUUAGUCCUGCAUGACCGAGUGCUUGGUAUUGUACAGGCGUGGGCUGAUGCAUUCCGUAGCUCACCCGACCUAACGGGUGUGGUGUCGGUGUACGAAGACCUGCGAAGGAAAGGACUUGAGUUCCCCAUGACAGAACUUGAUGGUUACUCACCCGUCCAAGCCCCACAAAAGACUUUGCCUGGGAACGGUCCUACUGUCACUACUCUGCCUGCUGUGCGCCUAUCUUCUAAACCUCCGCUCAUCCCACCCCAGACUUCAGAGCUAAAACUGGCCCUAGAAGGAACCAAUGCCUUCACUCCCAGCCAGAUUCAAAAGCUGAAGACAGAGCUGGGAGUGGUGCGAAGCAACCUGACUAUGAUGUCAGACAUGAUGAGUCAGCUGGAUCCUGUCACGGUAAAACAAGCAGACAUGGAGCUGCUGGAGCAGUUAUACACAGUAUGUAAGGACAUGCAAGAGAGGAUAGUGAAGAUCGUCCCCAGACUCAGUGAGGAGAAGCUUAUUGAAGAGUUGCUGGCAACCAACGAUGAGAUGAACACCGCCUUUACUCGUUACCAUAGGUUUGAAAGACGGUUAGCAAAUGGUCCAAACACAGCCCAAAAGAACCACACAUAUGUCAACCUAACGGAGCUCGAUUUGACAGCUGAGUCUUUUAGCCAGUCAAGGGUUGCAUCAGUUAGCAAUGACAACUCACUCAGUCAGUCGAAAGCUGACAGUUUGUCCAGUCAGAUGGCAAGACUAAGUACAAGUGAAUCAGAUGACGCAUUAUCGCAGAAAAUCAAUAUCCCAGCUCAGCAAAGACCAAGCGAGCGGAGUGACGUUGCGGUCGACGGCCUGGCUCAGGCUCAGGACAGCAGACUACUUAACACAGGAACGAUUCCUAUCAACCAGUCCACUGUAAUGGAUGAUAUUGAGAAAUGGCUAGCGUUGGAUGAUGAGUAUGAUGACUUUGAGGAUUCAGAUGGUGUUACCAGUGAAG